UUUGCUCGUGAUGCUGGUUUGAAGUAAACAGGAAUAUCUGGAGGAGAAUCAUCUGAACUGAUCUUCUGCUGUGAAGAUGAUGUUUAUUAAAGAGGAGAGUGAGGAGGACACGAGUGAACCAGAAACAUGGAGAAUAAAACACGAGGAACAGGGAGGCCUCAUGAAAGUGAAAGAAGAAGGACAAGAUCUGAACGAGGUGGAGGAGGAACAUCAGGAUGUCAGUGGAGAAACUACUGAGGUCAAAAGGCCUUUCAGCUGCUCUCGGUGUGGAAAGGUGUACAAACAUAAAAGAAGCCUUAAUAAACACAUGAGAAUUCAUAGCGAGGAAAAGCCAUUCGUCUGCUCUCAGUGCGGAAACACGUUCAAGCGUAGAGGAGGCUUCAUGAAACACAUGAGAAUUCAUGGCGAGAAAAGGCCAUUCGUCUGCUCUCAGUGCGGAAAAGCUUUCACGUGUAACAAAAACCUUAAAGAUCACUUGUUAAUUCACGCCGGGAUAAAACCUUUCAGCUGCUCUGAGUGCGGGAAGAGAUUUACGCAAAAAGUGCAUCUUGAGAAUCAUCUGGUAACUCACUCUUCAGAGAAGCCUUUCAGCUGCUCUCGGUGCGGAAGCACUUUCACUCGUAAAGCGAGCUUUCAUCAGCACAUGUUAAUUCAUAAUGAAAUAAAGCCUUUCGGCUGCUCUCAGUGUGAAAAGAGUUUCACGCAGAAAGUACACCUUGACAAUCAUUUAGUGACACACUCCUCAGAAAAGCCUUUCAGCUGCUCUCAGUGCGGGAAGAGUUUCACACGCAAAGCUAGUCUUGAGAAGCACGUGUUGAUUCACGCCGGGAUAAAGCCCUUCAGCUGCUCGGAGUGUGGGAAGAGUUUCGUAUGUAAAGAAAUCCUGAGGAAUCACAUGGUAGUUCAUACUGGGAUAAAACCUUUCAGCUGCUCUCAGUGUGGAAAGACUUUCACGCAGAAAGGACACCUUAAGGAUCAUCUGGUAACUCACUCUUCGGAAAACCCUUUCACUUGCUCUCAGUGCGGGAAGAGUUUCACGUGUAAAGGAUACCUUAAGACUCACAUGUUAAUUCAUGCUGAAAUAAAGCCUUUUACCUGCUCUCAGUGUGGGAAGGGUUUCAUAUGCAGAGGAAACCUGAGGAAUCACAUGGUAGUUCAUACCGGGAACAGGCCUUUCAGCUGCUCUGACUGUGGAAAGAGCUUUACACAGAAAGGACACCUUAAAGUUCAUGCUGCCAAAACACAUUUAUUUUUAGACAAGUGAUUUCUUUCCUCUGACGACUGAAACUUGCGCACCGUGUAGGGCUGGAUGUUGUUAAAGGUGACCUAUUUCAUGGUAAACAUUUAAUAUAAAAUACCAUCGAGAAA